AUGACGUCGGCAGCCGAGGCAUUCCGUCCCGCUGCACGGGUUGCAGGUCAGAAGCAGGAUGUCUGGUCAAUCGUGAAUGAGGCAGCUGCCUCUUCGCCGGUCCAGCCUAUCGUAAACAUGGGCCAGGGUUUCUUUGGCUACAAUCCUCCUCAAUUCGUCAUCGACGCUGCAAAACAGAGUCUUGAUCGGGUGGACUGCAACCAAUACGCCCCUACCAAGGGCCGGCCGCGCUUAAAGAAGGCUCUCGCUGAUGCGUACUCCCCAUUCUACGGACGGACUCUCAACCCUGAAACUGAGAUUACCAUCACUACUGGAGCAAACGAGGGCAUGCUCAGUGCCUUUAUGGCCUUUAUCGAGUCUGGUGAUGAAGUUAUUAUUUUUGAGCCAUUCUUCGACCAAUAUAUUAGCAACAUUGAAAUGGCCGGCGGUGUGAUUAAAUACGUUCCUAUGCACCCACCAGUAAAAGGAGCUAUUGAGACGUCUUCCGCCUCGGAAUGGCGCAUUGAUAUUGAGGAGCUCAAGAAGGCCAUUACACCGAAGACAAAAAUGAUUGUUCUCAACACACCUCAUAAUCCCGUUGGAAAGGUCCUCUCCAAGGAGGAGCUUGAGGCCAUUGGAGAGCUCUGCGUCAAGAACAACAUUCUUAUUCUUUCCGACGAGGUCUAUGACAGACUGUAUUACGUCCCUUUCACACGCAUCGCAACCCUCUCACCUGAGCUCUACAACCUGACUUUGACCGUCGGCUCCGGCGGCAAAAACUUUUAUGCCACUGGCUGGCGCGUGGGCUGGCUGAUCGGUCCCGAGCACCUCAUCAAGUAUGUGUCAGCAGCGCACACUCGCAUCUGCUACAGCAGUGUGAGCCCACUGCAGGAAGCUACAGCUAUUGGCUUUGAGGAGGCAGACAAGCACGGCUUCUGGGACGAAUCCAAGAAGGAGAUGCAAGGCAAGGUCAGAAAGUUUAACGAGAUCUGGGACGAGUUAGGAUUGCCUUACUCCGACCCCGAAGGUGGAUACUUUGUCGUCGUCAAUAUGGAAAAAGUCAAGCUUCCGGACGACUACGUCUUUCCUCCGCACGUCGCUGAACGCCCUCGGGAUUUCAAGCUCAGCUGGUUCCUCAUUAUGGAAGUCGGAGUCGCUGCUAUUCCACCUACUGAAUUCUACACCAAAGAAAACGCCCACAUUGCUGAAAAUUAUUUGCGUUUCGCCGUCUGCAAGAACGACGACGUUCUCGAAGAGGCCAAGGCCCGACUACGCGGCUUAAAGAAAUUCAUCCAGGCAUAA